GUUUUCAUUUUAGUCUACUUCUCCUUUGACUAUUCCGUCACUUCUCUUAUUUCUUGCCUUCUCUCUUCGUCUGAAAAAUAUGGAUUCAGGCAGAGCUCAUGGAAAGAGGACCAUGUCGAAAUACGAGGUGGAGGAGGAGGAGGAAGAGGAGGAGGAGGAAGAGGAAGAGGAGGAGGAGGAGGAGGAGGAGGAGGAGGAGGAGGAAGAAAGUAGGAGUAGGAGACCAUCAAUUGUGUAUGGUGAGGAUGAGGGGAGAACAAGAGUGAUGAUGGUGAAUAGUACUGCUGCUACUCCUUCAGGGGGAAGAUCUGGUACAGGAGGAUCUACGGCAGGGCCAUGUUGUCAGGUAGAUAAUUGCACUGCUGACUUGAGUGAUCUAAAGCAAUACUACCGCCGCCACAAGGUCUGUGAUGUUCAUGCCAAGGCUUCGUCGAUAGUUGUGGGUGGAUUCCGGCAGCGUUUUUGCCAGCAAUGUAGCAGGUUUCAUAGCCUAUCAGAGUUUGAUGACAGUAAAAGGAGUUGUCGCAGGCGAUUAGCUGGACACAAUGAGCGGCGUCGGAAAACUUCAUCGGAAUACCAUGGACAUGGAGGCACGUCUAAUUAAGUAAUUAGAUAUAUAUAAUCCUUUCACGUAGAUGCCUGUUUCCACUUAUGCUCACUCUCUUCUGUCAACCCUCAGCCUUGAUCAUGCACCAGUGAACUCUCUCUCUCUCUCUCUCUCUCUCUCUCUCUUUUAGUUGUAUGUGUUCGAGGAAGAAUUGCUUGCAUUGAUCUGUAACCAAACAAAUAUGCAUAGCUUCUUUGCUAGCACAACUUCCAUCCUUAAUGUUUGUUGUUCAUUUCUUGGCUGUAAUUUGAAACAAACCUACAUUGUUUGAUCUGUUCAGUUGGUGAUGAUGAUUCUUGUUUUCUUCACAUGCUUUAAUAUAUCAGUAUUUCAACUGUUCA